AGUGGUUAUAAUCGUAAAAUCUGUUUAAAAUCACCUCUACCGAGAAACGUUGAGACGUAAAUAAAUAAAUAAAAAAUCACGAGCACGGCGGCAGGGAUGCGAAUCUAUUUUUCAGCGGUAUGGGUGUAAAUAUUUUUUAAACAGGAAAAUAGUAUCACCAAACAUCUUUAUUUACAGCCAACCAAGUUAUAGUACAAUUCAAAGUUGAUUUCACAUGUAUCAAUGCUGUCUAAGCUAUCUAACAAGGCUUCUGAGAAGCUUAUGAGUCUACUAUAUAACGCUACAUCUCAAAAAGUGGCGCCCACAUUACCUCGAAUAACCAAACAUUUAUAUGAUAAUAAUAAUCAAACUGAUCAAAAUCAACUGCUGCUGCUGUAUUUAGAUACUUUAGUUAAGAAUGAUUGGAAUCUAAAACCUAUGAUAGAGGCAGUUAAAGACUUACCUUUACGAUCUAAUACUCAUUUACAUUCAAAUAUCUUGAAAUUCAAUUGUGUAAAUUCAUUCAUCACUGCUAAUGAUUUCAAAAGUAUUUAUCCCAAUUAUCCAGAACGAACCUAUUCAAUCAUACCGAAACAAGAUGAAUCCAUCGUUCCUACUACCAAUCAUUCAGAUUUACAAUUCAAUGUUAUAAAAUCACGUCAAGCUUUAAACUUGCAAUUCCAACAUAGUUAUUAUCUUAUAUUUCCAAAUUAUAUUCAAGCCUGUGUAUAUUAUAAUGAAGUAUUACAUAAAACCAUUAAUGGAUUUGAAUUAACUGAUUUCCAAUUCGUUGAUCCAACCGAACAAGAAUUAAAAAAUAUGAUAUCCCCUCAUUAUCAAACUUAUUCUUUAAGUCCUGGUUUAUUCCCGUCCAAGACAAAUAUAUCCACGAUUAAAUUUAACCAUUUAUUUCCAUCUAAUCAACAAUCCCAACUCGUCAAAGAUAUCACAGCGUUAACCCUGAUCAAAUCAGAACCAUCUUCCACAUACACACUUGAACAAGCUCACACCCCUCAUCCAAAUUAUAACUUACUUAUCGAUUUAAUAAAUCCAAAUAUAAGAGGGAAUAUGGUAUUAGUGAAAAACCUUCCAUUCGGAUUAUCGAAACAUACGUUACCGAGAUUAUUAUGGAAUUACGACUUAAACGAUCGGAAUCCAAUCAUAUCAAUCAUAAAGGAUCCCAAACAUCAAAUCAAUACGUCAUUAAUUAAAUUUAAAAAUCCUACUAAUGCCCAACGAUUCUUUAGGAAUUUCCAUGGUAAAAAGUGGGAUAAAUUCCAACAUCAUCAAAAGGAGAAAAUCUUAUAUGAUCCUAUAUUAUGUGAAAUCAUUAAUUGAUAAUGUUUUGCUAUGUAUUUAGUUUAGUUUUGUUUAUUUAUUUAUUUACAUUCUUGUAUAUACACACAC